AUAACAUACAGGUUUUCUUCUGGUUUUGUAGGCAAUAGGACAUGGCAUUUCAACUUCAUUUCUAGACGAGAUACGUCAAGUAACAAGGGAUUUCUUCCAGCAGCCAAUGGAAGAGAAGAAUAAGAUUGCUAAAGGAGUUAAAGACUUUGAAGGGUAUGGAGCUGAUCCUGUCCCAGAAGAAGGUCAGUCUCUUGACUGGUCUGAUCGCUUGUUUGUUAAUGUGUACCCAGAAGAUACAAGGAAGAGCAAAUUUUGGCCAGAAAGCCCAGCAGCCUUCAGAGAUGUUCUAGAAGAAUACACAGUCAAGAUGAAGACAUUCACAGAGAUUGUUUCCAAAGCCAUGGCAAAAUCAUUGAGUUUAGAAGAAAAUUGCUUCCUGAAUCAGUUUGGUGAAAGAGGACUUCUGAAAGCACGUUUCAACUACUACUCAUGUUGUGAAAGGCCUGAUCUUGUUUUAGGCCUAAAGCCCCAUGCAGAUAAUUCAGGAUACACCAUCAUUUUGCAAGAUGAUGUAGAAGGCCUUCAAGUCCACAAAGAUGGGAAGUGGUUUACCGUUCCCACAAUCUCUCAUGCUCUCCUUGUCCUCAUGGGUGAUCAAAUGGAGAUAAUGACUAAUGGAAUGUUCAAGAGCCCUGUACAUAGGGUACUGACCAACACUGAGAGGGAGAGGAUUUCUGUGGCUAUGUUCUAUCACCCUGAACCAAAAAAAGAGAUUGGACCUGAAGAAGGAUUGGUCAACCAGGAAAGGCCAAAGUUAUUCAAGAAGGUGAAAGGCUAUGCUGUUACACACUGGGAAUAUUACCAGCGAGGAAUGAGAGCUCUUCAUGUGGCAAAAGUCUAGAAUUGUACUAUCUUAGUCUUGCGUGGUUUAUGAACAAAUAAGGUAUUUCACCUAUGUUACUUCAGUGGUAAACUCUGUUCUUUAUAUAAACAAUUUGUAGACUCCUUUUUCCUACUUAUGGCUUGGCUGCACGUUGGAGAUAUGCUUGAUGUUAAUACUUUGAACUUUGAUCUGGAUAAUUGUAAACUAGUGUGGAACAAAGUC